UCUGCCUUCAGCUUGCCCUUGAGGUUUUGGGUGAACAUGAUCAAAAAUCCCCAGUUUGUCUUCGACAUUCACAAGAACAGCAUCACGGAUGCCUGCUUAUCGGUGGUAGCACAAACCUUCAUGGACUCCUGUUCAACUUCAGAGCACCGUUUGGGCAAAGAUUCCCCAUCGAAUAAACUGCUUUACGCCAAGGAUAUUCCCAGCUACAAGAACUGGGUAGAAAGAUACUACUCAGAUAUCGGCAAGAUGCCAGCUAUCAGCGACCAGGAUAUGAAUGCUUAUCUAGCGGAGCAAUCGCGCAUGCACAUGAACGAGUUCAACACUAUGAGUGCGCUCUCCGAGAUCUACUCGUAUGUGGGCAAGUACAGCGAAGAG